UUUUUUUUUCAUUUUUCGUAAAAUUUUUAAUGAAAAAAUUUCAGAAGGUUAAUUAUAAAUCUUCAUUCAAAAAAAUGAUUAAAUCACAUCCAGAGCUGAAAAAAUACAUGGACAAACAAGUCAAUAUUAAAUUAAAUGGAAACAGGAAUGGCUCCGGCGUUUUGCGAGGCUUUGAUCCUUUUAUGAAUAUUUGUAAAAAGGGUAAUCCACUUUCUCGAGCAGAUUUGCGUGCUGUUAAUAUAAAUUUGUGUGUUAUAAUAAGUGCUCGAAUUCCAAAUCCAAAUGAAGAUACAACAUUGGCAGACAAAGAAGCUAUAUUGGAUAGUUUAAAUAUAAAAGCUAUGGAAUUUGAAGGUUUACUCAACGCAAUACAUGUACAAAGAGUUGUGGUCCCAACUGUGCCUUUACCAAAUACUGGAGCUUUUUCUUUGUUAAGUCAGGGUGUGCCUUUUCUAAUUCCUUGUGUUGAUGAAAUUCGUUACCGUCAAUGUUUAAAAGAAAUGUGUAUUGAAAUUCCACAACAAGCUAUUACUGAAGAUACUGUCCAGUUAAACCUUGAUGCUGUCUUGUAUGUUAGAGAUACUGAUCCUUAUAAGGCUUCUUAUGGUGUUCAAAAUCGGGAAUAUGCUAUAAGCCAAUUAGUUCAAACAGUAAUGCGGACAGAAGUAGGCAAAUUAAUGCUAGACAAUGUUUUCCAUGAAAGGGCUAAUUUAAAUAUGACUGUUGCUGAAGGAAUAAAGGAAUCAGCAGCUCCGUGGGUUAUGAUUUGCCUUCGAUUUGAAAUACGUACAAUGACUAUGCCUCCUGAAAUACAGCGGGCAAUGAAAAUGCAAGUUGAAGCUGAACGAAAAAAGAGAGCAAUGAUUCUCGAAUCUGAAGGUAUUUGUGAGGCUGCAAAAAAUACACCAGAAGGAGAAAAGAGUGCGCGUAUUCUUCAAUCUGAAGCUCAAAUGCAAGAACAAGUAAAUAAAUCUAUUUUUAGCCAAAAAUUAACCGAUUUUAUUACUGGAAAUUUACGAAAAUGA